AUGGUUGCUGAUUCAAUAAUUUAUCAUCCAACUUUAACUAAGUUAGUUAAAUUUUGGGAUUCAACUCCACAAAGAGAAAAAACUUUUAGAUUAUUAGCUUAUUUAUCAAGAUUUUUAUCAUAUUAUACUUAUAAAAAGGGUUAUUCAAAAGAAACAAUUGAUAUGUUUAAAUCUUUAAAAGGACAUUUUACUUUUAUUAGAAAAGGUAUGAGAUUUUUUAAACCUGUUCCUCAUUUACAAGCUGCUGCAAAAGCUUAUGAUAAUAAAUUAAUGGACCCAAUUUUACAAAUCACCACAAUAGUUAGAAACUUGGGUUAUGCAGGUUAUUUAACUGUUGAUGCAUUAGUAUUUGCAAAAUUAUUAGGUCUUGUUUCAAGUAAAAAAUGGCCCAAUUUAUCAACUUAUGCUUCAAGAUUUUGGUUAAUUGGUUUAGUUGCUGGUUUAAUUAAUUCUUUAAGAAUAAUAUAUUCAUUAUCAAAUUAUGAACAAUCAACAACUGAUGAAAAAUCAACCGUUGACAUAAAAGCUAUUAAUAAUAAAUUAUAUGCUGCAAAGAGAAAAUUAAUUUGGGAUUUAUUAGAUACUUUUAUUGCAUUAAAUUCAUUAAAUUACUUACAUUUCACUGAAGGUGAUGUUGGUUUAGCUGGUGUUAUUACUUCAAUUAUGGGAUUAGAAGAUUAUUGGAAAGCUCAAAAAAUUUAA